UUUUCUCGUGAGCGGUUUGUUAUCGUUUUCUACGACUUGUUGAAAUGUCUGAUUUAACGGAUGAAGGUGCGAAAACGUCUGUGAAUAAACGUGCACGUGAUUUAGGUGAGGAUGGUGGACCAAGCGAAUCCUGCCAUUUGCGGAGGCGAAAAUGUAACAUUGGUUUGUGUGAUUCCAGAGACUCCUAUUCUGAAAAGAAUCAUUUAUUUUCUGAAAUACCAGAAAGGAUUCUGAAAGGUGUCACGCGCGCAUUAGAAAGGUUGUUGGUCGAUAACUUUGCGUCCAGGAUUGUGAGGUUGACUCCCCUUAAAUUACUCAACUGUAAUGCUGCUGAUCUUUCUAUGUUUUCCAAUGCCUACUGUAGCGUGGUACCUUUCGAAAAUGUAUUUUCAUUGUGGAGUGUCUUCCAAAAAGGAACAAACCUAUUGAUGAAUUUCAUUGAUGCAGACCCAGAUCAAGAGGCCAGGAUAACAAAGUUACCAGGAAAUAAACAAGAGGAAUUUCUACUCGACAAGCUCCUUCAUUAUCUAGUCGAAACUGAUCAACAAUAUCAAGGGGAGAUAGAAUCACCAUUGGCUGAUCUAGACAGGAAAAGUGAGGCAGAUCUUACCAUCAUCCUGGCAAACCACCUAUUUGGGAGGUUGGCUAUAUCUUCAAACUAUUUACUUGACAAGCAGAGUAAAGAAAAAGAGAGAGGAAAGUACCAGACAUCUUGUCCAUGUGGAACAACAUCACAAUGUACACUGACUGGCCGUUUUGGAGAUACCAGCUUAGGAAACGGGCUGGUCUGGCACGACAAUUUGGAUGCUGUUAUUGACCAUCAAGUUAUCCUUGUAACCCAGGAGGAGGAAGGGGAAUUGCAAGAGAGUCCCGGGGGAACGACUCCUGUUGGGAUGAAACAAGAUUCUAGGACAAAAAUAUCAAGAUAUCAACAGAACAUUGCUAGGACCAUUACCUUCUCGUUUCUUCAGAAGCAGAGACAUCCAGAUAACGAACAUUUUUUGUUUCCAUGCAUUGGCAUCACAAAUGCAGAUAUGGCUGUAUACUUAUAUGACUCAGAGCAUGACAUCCUACUUGAAAGCAGUAAGAUACCAUUACAUGAAUCUGAAGGGCAAACCAAUCUCUUGGCAGUGAUUAUAUCUUGGUUAGUUAUAAACUACAAAUAUACAUGUAAUGGGUAAACAGAUGAAAUGAAACACAAAACAGCAGGUUUCUUUCCCCUUGCUAAAUCAAAAUUGGACAUUUAUGAAAAGCACUUGGAAUUUGGAGAAGUUGGAAAUGCUUUUAGAACUGAUUUGCAGAAGUCUCAUCAGCAACUGGUUAAGUAUUCUGCCUCUGUGUUACGGCAAAAAAUAGAAACAGACAGAUUAAAGACACUUUUAAAAUUUAACGAGUAAGGGAAACUGUUGUUGGUUGCAAUCCUUGUGACCUAAUUAGACUGUAUCCGGAGAAUCCUUGAAACAUUAGUCAGUAUCUAGGUCAGUUAUUGUAACAGCACACUGAUUAAGGAACUACAUGUUUUGCUUGUUCAGAGGUUGUGUAAUAGAUGUAUAUGAUUGUAUAUAUGUUGUUUCCUAAGUAUUGCAA